AUGGCCACCAUUGUUUCUCCUCCACAUUUUUCCCCUGUUGAAGAUGCUGAGAACAUCAAAAAGGCUUGCCAAGGUUGGGGAACCGAUGAAAAGGCCAUCAUCUCGAUCCUAGGACACCGUAAUUUGUUCCAGAGGAAACUCAUAAGACAAGCUUACCAGGAGAUCUACCAUGAGGAUCUCAUUCACCAGCUCAAAUCCGAGCUCUCUGGCGACUUUGAGAGAGCUAUAUGCUUGUGGGUGUUGGAUCCUCCGGAGAGAGAUGCUCUCUUGGUCAACUUGGCUAUUAAAAAGCCUGUUCCUGACUCCAAGGUCCUCGUCGAGAUUGCCUGCAUGAGAUCCCCUGAAGAUCUAUUAGCUGCAAGACGUGCUUACCGUUCCCUCUACAAGCGCUCUCUUGAGGAAGACUUGGCCUCUCGUACUAUUGGCGACAUCAGGAGGCUCUUGGUUGCAAUGUCGUCUGCUUAUAAAUAUGAUGGAGAAGAAAUCGAUGAGACGCUGGCGCAGUCAGAGGCUGCGAUUCUUCAUGAUGAAAUCCUCGGUAAGGCUGUAGAUCAUGAAGAAACGAUCAGGGUGCUAAGCACAAGGAGUAGUGUGCAGCUCAGCGCAAUCUUCAAUCGCUACAAGGAUAUAUAUGGCAGAUCCAUCACUAAGGAUCUCCUCAAUCACCCUACAAAUGAGUACCUGAGUGCACUUCGUGCAGCCAUCAGGUGCAUCAAAAACCCUAACCGGUAUCACGCAAAGGUUUUGCGCAAUGCAAUCAAUACAGUAGGGACUGAUGAAGAUGCCCUGACCCGUGUGAUUGUGACGCGAGCAGAAAAGGACCUGAAGAAGAUCACUGAGCUGUAUCUCAAGAGGAACAAUGUGAGUCUCGAUCAAGCCAUCGCAAAAGAGACAUCAGGGGACUACAAGACUUUUCUCCUAGCCUUGCUAGGGCAUUAA